GAGGGCAGUGGGCAUGGCAGAAGGAGGGGCUUAGCAGUGUUCGGAGAGGAAGGGGUGAUGUCGUUCCACAAUGCCAGGAAAGAGAAGAUCCAUGAAAGAGAAGAGUCCUUCCACACUUCCAGCCCCACUCUAACAGGUGUUCCCGGUAAGAGGAGGUAUAAGCGUCAUGAGGUGGAACAGAUCCACGGUGAGGUCAGGAGGAUGUGUUCUCUCAACAAUCAGAGGAGUUUUGAACACGUGCAGAAGAUCCUGCGUGUGAAGCGUCUCCAGCGCCAGGCCAAGACCGGCAACAACGUUGUCAAGAGGCGACCUGGUCGCCCCCGGAAACACCCCAUUGAUGAAUUUGAACCCAACAAUUACGGGAGCGACAUAGGGAGGGGCUUCGGGAUGCCGGUGCUGGAGAAGUGUGUGGACCUACCGGGCAAGCGGAGCUUAAGACCAAGUCCCGCCCCGCAGCCUCUGGAGUUUUCCAAUCACGACUCAAUCUCAGUGGCUAUUGAGACGGUAGUUCACAGAGCACGUUCUCUGGCGCCCCCACUGACCAGAGGAGGGAAACGCAGGGGUAGACCCAGGAAGGAAGAGGGAGGGGAUAUGGCGUUUCAUUAGCUAAUCAGUCAGCAGGACAGUUGCAGAUACAGAUAAGCUCUGACCUAUCAGAGAGCUGGUGAGAGGAGCUAACACUGGCCUUAGCAGCCAAAACGGACGUCAAUUCUGGGACCUCUGUGCACUUUGACCUAUUGGCCUGUCUGUUUCUCUUCUAUGAUUGGAUGUAAGGAGUGUGUAAGGAGAGUAACAUUAGAAGAGCAACAGUGUUGCACUUCUGAAGACGGACAAUGACACUUACCAUACAUGUAUGUGAAACAAUGAUGCGUAUGGUACAAUAUCUGAUACUAUAUGGUACUUUAUGGUACAAUAUCUGAUACUAUAUGGUACUUUAUGGUACAAUAUCUGAUACUAUAUGGUACUUUAUGGUACAAUAUCUGAUACUAUAUGGUACUUUAUGGUACAAUAUCUGAUACUAUAUGGUACUUUAUGGUACAAUAUCUGAUACUGUAUGGUACUUUAUGGUACAAUAUCUGAUACUUUAUGGUACUUUAUGGUUCAAUAUCUGAUACUAUAUGGUACUUUAUGGUACAAUAUCUGAUACUGUAUGGUACUUUAUGGUACAAUAUCUGAUACUGUAUGGUACUUUAUGGUACAUAUCUGAUACUAUAUGGUACUUUAUGGUACAAUAUCUGAUACUAUAUGGUACUUUAUGGUACAAUAUCUGAUACUAUAUGGCACUAUUUGAUAAGGUACUGUAUGAUACUAUGGUACUAUACGGUAUGAAAUACAAUGGUACUUUAUGAUAGUCUCUAUCUGAAUGUGGCAUUAGCCACACCUUUACCAGCAGACGGGGGGUGGUGAUUGGUUAAUAUGAUAUUGUGCAGCUCUGCUUAGUUUUGCGCCCCCCCUGCCGCAGAGAUACUAUAAAGGCAAUAUGCUGUACUGAGCCUCCCUGGCCUUUACAGCUACGAUCUAACUGUACAUAGGAACAUACUCCACUUUUACCCGCAGAAUACAGUCCAUUUACAUGUACUGGCUCAUAUCAAACUGAAAUGUUGUACCAUAGUCCAUAAAAGUUGGGAUUGUGGUUUUAUAACCAAAAAUAGACCUGGAUGUGACUCAGGACAUGUUUGUUUUCAGGCUGAAGGAACCACAUCUAUUCAUUCAUUUAUUCUGUGUAUAUAAGAAGGUCAUCACAUACAUGGGAAUAUCAGGGGUGUUUGGUGAAACCUUAAAGGUCAACUUUGGGCAAAAACACAAAGAUAACGGUUUUUAACUGUAUAACUGAUCAAUGCUCCAUCAUACCAGGUCAUUUAAUGCAACAACAACAAAUAUAUAGAUAAGAUAUUUGGCUAAAGAAGUGCUAUUUCCUACCAAUCUCUACAGCUUCUGUCCAAAAACAAAUCCUGUGAAAUGACUUCUACACAUGGAGGAGAUACUGGCUAGCUACAGUGGCUAGCUUAGCUAACA